UUCAUAGCGCUUUUAACUUUCAAACGCAUGUGACCACUGUAGACACUUCGUUUUCAUUAUCGUCGUCACCUUUGCUGCGCCGUCUUGUGCAGAGGCUUCUUCUGCCUCAACAUUGACAGGUGUUUAGACCGAUCGUGAUAACUACGAGGAAGCUCUACGUUAAGAAUUCAUAUAGCAUCGUAAUAUUACUAACGGAGUAAAAAAAGCUUCGAUAAGAUUGCAAUCUCAAUUAUUAUUAAAAUUUAAGAAGAAAAGCUCUAAACGAGUAUCCGUCAUGCCUGUUGCUAGAAUAAAGGAAAUCAUAAGGAAAUUAUUAAGCUCAAUAUUUUCACUAAUGAUUAUUAUGACUUUUAUCUCAUGCCUACCAAUCUGUAUACAUAACCUAACCCAUAAUAAUAAAUAUACUAAUUUCAAUGAAACAAAUAACAAAAUCAGUAACAUACCGACUUAUAAUGAGGAUGACGUGGAAAAAGAAACAAUUCAUUUAUCGUUUAAGAUUUUAGUAAUUGUCAUAUACAGUAUCUUUUAUACCACGUGCUGCUUAAUAUUAUUGUACAUUUUCUGGAGGUUUUUUCACAGCAAUCAAGGUAAUGAGCCAACUGUCCAUUUUCAAGACGGUAGAAUUCAUUGCAAUGGACAAGCGAUUGUCCAUCCACAAAACUUGCCACGUGAGGAUGAACCUUAAUUCGGAAAGAUAACAUUGACGUUUUGCGCAUUAGUGCAAGGCGUCAUGUAUCUGUAGUAUUGAUAAAGUUUCUUAACGUUUCUUACGUUAAAACCUUAUUUUCAAGUCCAAAUCAUUUAGACAACGCA